UUAAAGUCGUGUUAUAAUUUGCCAAGAAUUUCCAUGCACCCAAAACCUAGGAUUUCCUAUAUUAUAAAUACGUACACAUUUUGCAUGGCUAAUGUGUUUAUAUAUAUAUUUAUUCACAAAUUAAAGUAAUUAAAAACAAAGAAAUGAAGGUAUUGUUUACCUUAAGAGAAACAAUGAAAUCUAAGGCUAAGAUUUGGAGUCCAAUUGAACCAUACGUAGCCAUCAUCUUUAUGCAAUUCGGGCUCGCCGGGCUAGCCAUUAUAGCUAAGUUUGCCCUUAAUGAUGGUAUGAGUAGUUACUCCUUCGUUGUUUAUAGACAAGCUGUGGCAGCAAUUUUCCUCUCUCCAUUCGCCUUUGUACUAGAAAGGAAGGUAAGGCCGCAAAUGACCCUCUCCAUUUUUAUCAAGAUAUUAGCUCUCGGUUUGCUAGAGGUAGUAAUCGAUCAAAAUCUGUACUAUGCGGGGAUGAGGUACACACCAGCUACAUUUGUUAGUGCAUUGAGCAACACCGUACCAGCUCUAACAUUUGUAAUGGCUUGGAUAUUUAGGCUUGAAAUGGUGAAUUUAAAGAAAGUUCGAAGUUUGGCGAAGUUGGGAGGAACAUUAGUGACGAUUGGAGGAGCAACAAUGAUGACUUUUGUUAAAGGACCAGUGAUAAAUUUGCCAUGGAAUCACAAAAGCUACGGUCAUGUAACUUCGAGUCCUUACCAUCAAGAUACUGUCAAGGGUGCUCUUAUGAUCAUUUGUGGUUGUAUGGGUUGGGCAGGCUUUGUUAUCCUACAAGCUAUAACAUUGAAAUCAUACCCAGCAGAGAUGUCCCUAACGGCAAUGAUGUGUUUAGCGGGUUCCAUAGAAAGCGCCAUCGUAGCACUCGUAGCCGAACCAAACACUUCCAUUUGGUCACUCCAUUGGGAUUCUAAGUUACUUGCUUAUGUCUACAGUGGGGUUGUAUGUUCAGGAAUCGGAUUCUUUUUACAAGGGAAGAUAAUGAAGGAAAAAGGGCCGGUAUUCGUGACCGCUUUCAAUCCUUUAAGCAUGGUUAUCGUUGCUUUUCUUGGUUCCGCCGUCCUUGCUGAACACCUUACUUUGGGAAGGAUAGCGGGAGCAAUUGUAAUAGUCGCAGGAUUAUACCUAGUGAUUUGGGGAAAGAGCAAAGAUAAUGACGAAGAGAUGCCUCAUAAAACAAAUGAACAAGUUUUACCAAUUGAAUCACCAGAAUCUGUUACAAACACAACCAGAAACGAAUCAAGUGAACUUGUCAAGGGUCUCAGCAUCGAAAAAGACAUACCCUAGUGAUGCAUGUUACAAAAAGUAAUACAAUAAAAGUCACAAAACAACACCACAAUUUUUGUUAUUCUUAUUUAAAAGUUUGGCUUACUACUAAAUUUGCACUCCGUAAUUUUGUAAGGACUCCUAUCGUGUAACCAGUAAUACAAUUUUUGUGUUAAUAACUUAAUAUAUACUUUUAUUUUCCA